AUGGACGGCGUGUCCGUGACGGUGGACGCGGACGGCGCCACGCCCGUCGGCACGGGCCUCAAGGUGCUGCUCAAGCUGUACGACGACUGCUCGCGCCGCGACGGCCUCAUGCAGUGCGUCAAGCUGAAGGCCGCCACGCUGCUGGACCGCGUGGCGCGCGCUGGCGAUCUGCCCAUCACCGAGACCCUGACCCUGGUGCGGCGGGCGGACAGCUCCCGGACGCACGUCGGCCGCGCCCUGAGCGAGGCCGAGCUGGAGGCCGCGCUGCCGUCCGGAGACUCGUACGCCGCCAAGGACGCCAAGCUGAACGAGCUGCUGUGGGAGCGCGUCGCCAGGGUGCUCAGCUCGCACACCAUCCAGCUCAGCUUCCCCAAGCUCUCCGCCUCCGAGAUGAGGGGCAUCAGCGGCGGCCGGGGCAAGAUGAAGGGCAUGAUGAAGAUGAUGAUGAUGGGCGCUGCCAUGGGCAUGAUGGGCAUGCUGCCGAUCAUGAUGGGUGGGGUCUCCAUGAUGGCGCUCAAGGCCCUGGUGGUGUCCAAGCUGGCCCUCGUGCUCGCCAUCAUCAUGAUCCUCAAGAAGCUGCUCGGCGGUGGCGGCGGUGGCGGAGGCGGUGGCGGUGGCCACUCGGGAGGCGGCUGGUCGUCGGGAGGCGGCGGUGGCGGCGGCGGCUACAGCUACGGCGGCGGUGGCGGCGGCGGCGGCUGGGACAGGCGCUCCCUGGCGGACGACACGGCGGCGCAGUACAUGGCCUACAACGCGCAGGCCGCGGCGGCCACGGCCACCAACACCAUCAACAGCAGCGGGGCUCAUAUCUGCUUCGUUGGCAUGAAGGAACUUAGUACCACCGCGGACACUGGAAGUAUUGACCCUGAUUCUAGUGUAAAGACACGACCCAUUCCGAGAGGAAUCUCUAGAAAAGCAGACUGUGAUAACAAGACACUCAGACUUAUUAGUUCAUCACCUUAA